AUGAGUGAUAUGGUGGCAAAGGACAAGCUUUUGGCCCUCGUCAGCUCGGCACAGGAACAAGAGGAAAACAGAAAACGAUUGGAUGAAAACUUUAACGGAACAACGGGACUGGCGAAAAGCCUCAGAGUCGACCUCAGCCAGGGGCUAGCUACGGGACAGGUGGAACUCCUGCGGGAGGCGUACGGGGCAAACGCUUUUCCGGAGAUCCCGAUGAAGGGUUUCUGCAUGCUAUUCGCUGAGGCGUUCAACGACACCAUUCUUCUCGUGCUGAUCGCGGCCGCCAUCGUGUCGCUUAUCAUCGGGCUCAUUGAUCACCCCGACAUCGGAUGGAUCGAUGGAGUCGCGAUUCUCAUGGCCGUGCUUAUCGUGGCCCUGGUGACGGCUGGCAACGACUAUAGCAAGGAGCUGCAGUUCCGUGCCUUGGAGAAGACUUCGGAGGAGGGUAUUCGGGUCAUGGUGCUGAGGGAUGGUACUUCGCAGCUGGUACAUCCCGAGGAACUCGUGGUUGGCGACGUUGUGGUUAUGAAACCCGGGGACGGCAUCCCCGCGGAUGGCCUGCUCUUCGCCGGAGAGGGGGUUAAGAGCAACGAGUCGGGACUUACGGGAGAGCCUGACGACCUCACCAAGCGGGCAGAAGCCGACUGCUUCCUCUACAGCAGCUGCAUGCUGACCGAGGUCGGUCAGAGCGCCGACUGCAAGAUGAUGGUGCACUCGGUGGGAGAGCAGUCCCAGUGGGGUCUCAUCAGGGCCACCCUCGUGUCGGAGCCGCAACAGACGCCUCUGCAGGAGAAGCUCGACAACAUGGCCAAACUCAUCGGGUACGUCGGGGUGGCCUUCGCUGUGGCCACCUUCACCGCGCUCGUUGUGAUGAUCUGGGCCAAGCACGACGGCGAGGAGAUUCUGGACAGGGUGGUCGAGGCGUUCAUCAUCGGUGUCACCAUCGUGGUGGUUGCCAUCCCGGAGGGGCUUCCCCUUGCCGUUACGAUUUCGCUGGCGUACUCUACGAGAAAGAUGUACAAGGACCAGAACCUCAUCCGCGUCCUGGCUGCUUGCGAGACCAUGGGCAACGCUACCAACAUCUGCUCAGACAAGACCGGAACCCUUACGGAGAACCAGAUGACCGCGGUUGAGGGUUGGUUUUCGGACAAGAUUGUCCGGGGCGCUGACAUCAAGCAGGGGCAGUGGCUGUCGCCCUGGUCGCGGGACCGGGUGUGGCAGAACCUUGCCAUCAACCGCUCCUGUACCGUUGGGUUCAAGGACGACAACGGAGACGAGCUGCACAAGCCCAAGGUGAUCGGUAGCGCCACGGAAGGGGCCUUGGUCAUCUUGGCUGCGGAGUGGGGCUUCAAUGCGGCUAACGUCAAGGACACGUUCUUCAACUCGGAACGCGACUGCGAGUACCCGUUCAACUCGGCCAAGAAGCGGUCGAGUGUUCUCAUCACCAACCCGGACGGAAGCCUGCGUCUCUACAGCAAGGGGGCCAACAAUGCUCUCCGCACACUGUGCCUGGCGCACAUGGACUACGCCUCCACAAGCGAGCUCGACGAGGGCUACGAGAUCGACAGCCCUGACGCGGACACGAUGGUGCUCGACGCUGUGGUGGGCAUCAUGGAUCCUCUCCGCGGCGAUGUGACGGAGGCCGUAGCGACCGCUCAGAGUGCCGGUGUGAUGGUGCGAAUGGUGACGGGCGACAACAUCAACACCGCCAAGGCCAUCGCUAAGGAGUGCGGGAUUUACGACCCUGACUACGGGGUCGCCCUCGAGGGACCCGACUUCCGGGCCAUGUUUCCGGCACAGGUGGAUGAGGUCCUCCCCCGACUUCAGGUGCUGGCACGCUCUUCUCCCAACGACAAGUACCUGCUUGUGACGCGGCUCAAUGGCAACGGCAUACCCGCCAAUGAGGAGGAGUGGAAGCACUUGCACGACAAGGACGGGGACCUCGGGCUGUCCUGGGAUGCGCACAAGGACCUUCUGCUCCCCGGAUACAAGGAGGAGUGGAAGCGCCAGAACAAGUCGGGCGAGGUUGUGGGAGUGACGGGCGACGGCACUAACGACGCGCCCGCCCUCAAGGCGGCGGACGUGGGUCUUUCCAUGGGAAUCACCGGGACGAAGGUGGCCCAAAACGCGUCCGACAUAGUUAUCCUCGAUGACAGGUUCUCUUCCAUUGUGAGGGCUAUCAUGUGGGGCCGGGGGGUGUACGACAACAUCCGCAAGUUCCUUCAGUUCCAGUUGACCGUCAAUGUGGUGGCUCUUCUGAUUGUGUUCAUCGGGGCUCUCUCCGGCAAGGACCCCCCCCUCAACCCCCUCAUGAUGCUCUGGGUCAACCUCAUCAUGGACACCAUGGGCGCCCUGGCGCUGGGUACGGAGGCACCGACGCUUGCGCUGCUGGACCGCCGCCCCUACAAGCGGAACGCCCCGCUCAUCAGCAGGCCCAUGUUCCGCAACAUCAUGGUCCAGUCCACCUUCCAGCUUAUCCUGCUGCUGUGGCUGCUGUACGACAUCCACACUCUGUUCCCCGGCGUCCAGAAGGACAACGCGUGCAAGGCUUGGGACAUCGGUGGGGAGGAUGGCAGGGAAAUUGCCGGAUUAACCUGCCAGCAGUACACGGACUACGUGGAAGACACAUGCACGGAUGCGAGAGAGUACAUUUGUUACGAUGAGUUCUUCGACACCUCCGGCGAUUUCUUCACGAGCGACCGGGACGUGGACACGUUUUACGACGGUUGUGACAUGGAGUGCAGCAAGAACGACUACACACACUACACCAUCCUCUUCAACGCGUUCGUGUUUUGCCAGAUCUUCAACGAGCUUAACGCCCGAUCCAUCUUCGACGAUUGGAACAUUUUCAGGGGGUUGCACAAGAACCCCCUUUUCAUUGCGGUUAUUAUCGUUACCGUCAUUCUUCAGUUUUUGAUCGUGGAGAUGGGUGCAGAAUUUACCAAGACGGCUCACCUGAGCAGCAAGGAGUGGCUCAUUACGGUCGCCCUGGGUGCGAUCGCGUUACCCCUCGGAGUGUUGAUGCGUUUCAUCCCCGUAAAGGAAAAUCCGUCGAGCUUUUGCGGGUAUGCCACCCCGAAAGAGCAACGGCUCUCGUCUUCUUCCCCAGGAGGUGCCCCAAACGUCUGA